GAACCUUAUUUUUUUAGAUUUGGGCAAACAAGAUCUAACUGUAUGUCUUGGGCGCCUGCCUGCGCACAUGAUAAUUUGCUUUUAGUUAUAGAUCUUCUGGUAGCAAAUAAAAACGACGUCGAUUACGAGAACGUCCAACGCGAAGUUCGGUUCGAACCGAUAAAUCUGUCCGACUCCGAGUUGCAGAAGUACUGUAGUAACAUUUUCCAAGUCUCGUCGGGUUUGGAAAGAUCAAAGAAGAAGAAGAAAAAAAAAUGCAAUGGUACAUUGUAGCUUCUUUCCUCACCAUUUUCACCAGUUCUCAGGGAAUCCUAACUACAUUAUCUCAAAGUAAUGGAAAAUAUAAGUAUGACUACGCAACCGUGCCUUUUCUAGCUGAAGUGUUUAAGCUUAUAGUUUCUAGUUUUCUGUUAUGGAGAGAGUGCAAGAAAUCACCUCUUCCAAAGAUGACGACAGAUUGGAAAACCGUUCGAUUGUUUCCUAUUCCUUCUAUUAUUUACUUAAUUCACAACAAUGUUCAAUUUGCUACAUUGAUUUAUGUUGACACUUCUACUUACCAAAUUAUGGGCAAUCUCAAGAUUGUUACUACUGGCAUUUUAUUUAGAUUGUUUCUUAAAAAGAAGCUUUCCAAUCUUCAGUGGAUGGCAAUUGCUCUGUUAGCUGUUGGAACGACCACAAGCCAGGUAAAGGGCUGUGGAGAGGCUUCAUGUGACUCCCUUUUCUCAUCACCAAUUCAGGGAUACAUGCUAGGAAUUCUGUCUGCUUGUCUUUCAGCAUUAGCUGGUGUUUAUACAGAAUUCCUGAUGAAGAAGAACAAUGAUAGCUUAUACUGGCAGAAUAUACAAUUAUAUACGUUUGGUGCAAUUUUCAACAUGGCUCGGCUUCUCCUGGAUGAUUUUAGAGGUGGAUUUGAGAAGGGACCAUGGUGGCAACGCCUUUUCAGUGGAUACACCAUCACAACCUGGAUGGUUGUGCUAAAUCUAGGGUGUUCUGGACUUCUCGUUUCAUGGUUAAUGAAGUAUGCGGACAACAUUGUCAAGGUGUACUCAACAUCAAUGGCAAUGCUAUUGACUAUGGUUCUAUCUGUGUUCCUCUUCAAUUUCAGUCCAACAUUACAGCUCUUCUUGGGGAUUAUCAUUUGCAUGAUGUCGCUGCACAUGUAUUUUGCACCACCAGGUAUGCUUGUGGAUCUACCUUCAAUGGGAAAAGCAGAUCCAGAGAGUCUCAUAGAUGUUUCUGUUGAAAGAAGAACAGACUCAUGAUGUAUUUUUGCGUUGAGAGCUUCCAAAUAUUUGUACUGCAGUGCAUAUUAUGCCAUUAGAUGAUGCUGAAAUUAUUGUGGACUGCUCCUGGCCAUGGAGAAAAGGACAGAGAAGGAAGAGAUAUAAGCAAUUACUCUGGCUGUACGUGAAAAUACAUUUUAGAAAGGAUAUGGUAAUGUUAAUGACAAUAUCUGGCUGGUUGAUCUUGGGUGGGUCUUGGGCAUCUAUUAGCCCCUGGAGUUCCAACCACCUACCGACAUCAAUAGUAGAAGUUAAGCCACUAUACGUGGUCUAUAUUCCUUUCUAGUUGUUUCACUCUAUGACGAGUUGUUUUUUUGGUCUUUGUUAAUGAUGCAAUGGCGACCGCAGUUAACAGUGUACUAUGCAUAGUAAAUGCUCUUCGAUUAUUGGGGCAACUGAUGCCGGCCUUCUCUGAUAUUGUGAAGGAAAUGUGUGGACUAUAAGAAUUGGAUGAACAAUUAUAGCUUUAGUUGUAUAAUUGCAUUUAUUUGACAGGAAUAGUGAUACUGAAUUAUUGUGAUGUACUUUAAGCCUGUCGACUUAAUCAAUCAAUGUGAAGAAAAGGUUAAAGAUGCUUUUCCUCGAUAGCGCAUCGACUCAUAAGCUUCUGGGAUGAAGAAAGAGCAUAAAAGGAUUUUACAAAAUGAGACUAACCUUAAUCGAUGGAAGAAAGCUAUUUUUUUUUUUCUUUUUGAAAAAGAUUUUUCUUUUUCCUUUUGUUUUAAAAAAGAUUUCUAUUUUUAUCUUGAUUAUUUUUCUUUUUUUUAGAUAUAUAUCUAAAUUUUUUUUGGACACGAUCUUUGUUAAAAUACUAUUUCAAAAGUUUUAAUAUAAUUGGAUAUUUUAAAUUCAAGACUUUAGAUAAGCUAGAAUUUGAAUAUCUAAUAUUUGAAUUUAAAAUUUUAGUUGAGUUAAAAGAGAUUAUACACUCUUAAAUCUUAUCUAGAAAUAAUAUUGUUUGCAGGUUUUAGUCCCCGUCAAAUUCUUUUUUUUAAUAAAUUGACCAAUUAGAAUCAGGGACCUGAAGUAAUGAUCUGCCAUCAUGCGUAAUUAGUGACACUAACACAGGGACGGAGAAUUCGAGUAGCUCUAAUCUUCUGGAAGGGACAAAAACAAAGUAAUAAUUAUGGGAUUCUUUCAGCAUCUAAGUAUCAGCAUUAAGCAGUUUUUCUUUACAUUGACACAAUCUAAAACGAGUAUAUUGAUGAAGUCGAUGGCGUAUUAGCUUUGUGGACAAGAUAACACUCAAGCUGGCCGGUCGAGUAAUUAAAGGGGCAAUAUAUGAGAGGGAAAAUAAAUAAAUGAUUCGACUCGAUUUUCAUUAUAAAUAGUGAGAAUUCAAUCGUAGAACCCACUAACACGAAAAAUCUCAAGGCUCCAUUUUGGGAAUUCUUUGCUUCAAUUCUUAUACUAUCUCAUAAACCAUUGUUUUCUCAGCAAUUAAUUAAUUGAGAUAUUGCUUGACUCGACAGCUUUUGGUGCACUACAUUUCAUCAUACCUACCAAAGCGCACACGCUUUUAUUGAGGCCUCUAUAAAAAGGCCAUAACAUGACUUUGCUACAACUAAGAAAUUAGCCGAAGUUAAUUGGGCAAAAACAAAUAUGGAGUCAGUGGCAAGGCCAGCUGCGAAUGUAGGCGGCAGGCCGAAUGGGGAUCACGCAAAGGAUCUUUGCGGGUACUUUCAGAUGCCGGUGCACUAUCCACGAUACACGCGAGCGGAGUACGAGAGCAUGCCUGAGUGGCAACUUGACUGCUUGCUCAAAGCCUAUGGUCUGCCCAUCACUGGAGAUGUUGAUUACAAGAGGAAGUUUGCCAUGGGAACUUUUCUUUGGUCCCAUUGAUAUUCUCAUCUCACUCCGAUCAUAUCCAAUUGAGUCAGUGAUCCCACGAUUCUAUCGAUUGGUUGUAUGAAUUUAUAUGUAAUGUGUAUUCUGCUGUCGUCUGGGUUGUGUUGCUUUUUCUUGUCUUUUAUUUGUAUGAUCAAAUGUCACUCGAUGAGAUUUUUUUUCUCCAGUGAUCUGUAAAAGAUGGUAGUGGUAAUAUCCCAUGCACUUUCUCUUUUGUUCA